AUGUCUUUGAAGCUUCCACAAAAUCCCAAUGCGGGUCUUUUUAAGCAAGGUUACAAUUCGUAUUUGAACGCUGAUGGCCAGAUCAAUAAGUCCAUUGCCGCCAUUAAGGAGAUUCAUCAGAUGUGCCUCACAUCGAUGGGGCCAUGUGGCCGUAACAAAAUAAUUGUGAACCAUUUGGGUAGGAUUAUUAUCACCAAUGAUGCUGCUACUAUGUUGAGGGAACUGGACAUUGUGCAUCCAGCGGUUAAAGUUUUGGUAAUGGCCACUGAACAACAGAAGAUUGACAUGGGCGAUGGUACCAACUUGGUGCUUGUGCUUGCAGGCGAGUUGCUGAAUGUGAGCGAAAAACUGAUUGGAUUGGGUCUAUCCCCUGUCGAGAUCAUCCAAGGCUACAAUCUAGCCAGAAACUUCACUUUGAAAGAGCUAGAUUCGAUGAGCCAGCAACAAGUCACCGACAAACACAGCAAAGACGAAUUGGUUAAGGUGAUGAGACCUGUAAUUGCGUCCAAACAGUACGGUUCAGAAGAUAUUUUGAGUGAACUUGUGUCGGAAGCUGUUUCUCACGUUCUUCCUGCCAAAUCUACCAACUUCAACGUCGAUUCCGUGAGGGUAGUCAAGAUCAUGGGUGGGUCGCUCGCGAACUCGGAGGUUGUCAAGGGUAUGGUAUUCAACAGAGAACCCGAGGGUCACGUAAAAUCUCUAGCUGCCGGCACCAAGCAUAAGGUGGCUGUGUUCACUUGUCCAGUUGAUAUAUCAAACACAGAGACUAAAGGCACCGUACUGCUGCAUAAUGCCCAGGAAAUGCUGGACUUCACCAAGGGUGAAGAGAAACAACUGAACGAAAUGAUAAGGGAAAUCGCAGAUGCCGGCAUCACCUGUGUCGUUGCUGGUAACGGCGUCAAUGAGCUAGCACUGCAUUACUUGAACAGAUACAAUAUAUUAGUUCUCAAGGUUCCUAGCAAGUUUGAGCUCAGAAGAAUCUGCCGCGUGUGUGGCGCCACACCACUGGCCAGAUUAGGGGCCCCAACGCCAGAAGAAGUUGGUGUCGUUGAAACUGUCAGGACAAUGGAGAUUGGUGGUGAUAGAGUAACUGUUUUCAAGCAAGAACAAGAUGAGGUAACCAGAACUGCCACUAUCAUUCUUAGGGGCGCGACUCAGAACAACCUUGACGACAUCGAAAGGGCCAUCGAUGAUGGUGUAGCAGCUGUGAAGGGUCUCAUGAAGCCUGAUGGAGGUAAGCUAUUGCCAGGUGCGGGUGCUACAGAAAUUGAGCUUGUUUCGAGAAUAACACAAUAUGGCGAGCGCACUCCUGGUCUACUGCAACUGGCUAUCAAGCAAUUUGCAGUUGCGUUUGAAGUCGUUCCCAGAACUCUUGCUGAAACAGCUGGGUUAAAUGUCAAUGAAGUUCUUCCAAAUCUUUAUGCUGCUCAUAGCAGUACCGCCAAUGACGAGCAGACAAAUUCAAACACCGAGACUACCCAGGCAAAUGGAACCUUUUUUGGUGUCGACAUAGACGGUGAAAGCUCGGAGGGUGUCAAAGAUGUUAGAGAGGAUGGCAUCUUUGACCUGCUAGCCGUCAAGAAAUUUGCAGUCAAUGUCGCAACUGAAGCUGCAACCACGAUCCUAUCGGUUGAUCAAAUUAUCAUGGCCAAGAGGGCAGGUGGUCCACAGGUGCCCAAGGGUCCCAAGCCCGGCAACUGGGACCAGGACGAUUAA